AUGGCGGCCAUCAACCCUUCUUCCUGCUACCUUCUCCUCCUCUUCCUCCUCUCCUUCCUUAUAUCUCAACCCGUCCUCACCCAGGACCCGUCUGUCACCACGGUAACGGUAGCAGAAGGCGACCCGUUCAUCGUCCCCACCACGCUGGCCAACCAGACGACUCCCAGCUCCGUGGAGACGACCCAGAACACUCCUCUGGAGACGGGGCUGUCCACGCCCACCAGCGGCGGGGACGCGGACGACGAGGACGUCCUUCCGUCAGGUGGGACCCGUUGCCAGGGUUACUACGACGUUAUGGGCCAAUGGGACCCGCCGUUCAACUGCAACGCCGGCGUCUUUCUGUACUGCUGCGGUACCUGCUUCUACCGCUUCUGCUGCCAGUUCCGCCAGCAGCGUCUGGACCAGAGCAUCUGCUCAAACUACGACACGCCCAUCUGGGCCAACACGGGCAAACCCGUGGCAACCAUCACCGAGGGCCAGGAGGACCAGGACCGGGACCGCACGCACCUCAUCGUCUACAUCAUCUGCGGCGUGGUGGCCAUCAUGGUGCUGGUGGGCAUCUUCACCAAACUGGGCCUGGAGAAGAGCCGCGGAGGGAGCGGAGGAGGGGGAGGAGCGGGGGCGGGGCACGCCGACCUCAACUCCAGGACACUGACUGACCUGCUGAAGCAGCAGGGAGGUGAGGUGAGCUCGGUGGAAAACGCCGCGGCCGGUUCGCCCAGCGGAGGGAGAGCCAACGGCAUUUCAGCCAGGAUGCUGCGCAGCAGGAGUGAACAGUACCAUCUGAAUAACUCUGCUUACGGGCCGUUUGGACAAGGGCUUCCACACCCGCACAGCAACCACAGCACAGUAGGACUCAACAAAUAUACCUCCCUCAAAGCUGUGGCUCACAGCGCGUCUCGCAGCUACUACAAGAGCUUCCCUCUCAUGGACUUCUCCCAGUACCAGCCGGUGGCCCCUCCCUCCUUCCAGCCCGUUCCUGUCCCCCCCAAAGAGAAGUCGUACAUCCACCAGCCGGUUUCAGCUCACCACGACCUCCACGCCCCGCUCUCCAUCUCCAUCCCCUCCGCCCACUUGGAGCACGCGCGCCUCCCCAAGACCACCACGCACCCGCUCCUGUCCAGCUCGGCCUUCAAAGCCUGGGAGCCCAGCGCCCGCCACGUCCACCGGCAGGCCUCCGCCCCGGGCCACGCCCCCACCACCGCGCACGGCUCCACCCGGAGACACGGCUACUCCACCCGGAGGCAGCAGAGCAUAGAGAACAUGACGGAUCUCUUCAGCCAGCCCUACGGAGCCAUGUAUGUAGGAGGUGGAGGGGGUCCGGGGCAGGGGCAGCAUGUACAGGGGCAACACCCACCUCAACCCUCCUACCACCACCACACCAGGCAGAAGAGCUACUCCACCCACAGCACCACUGAAGUGACUGUCUGA